AUGGCCCCACCUACCCAUACAAAUUUGGUACGCGAAUUAUUGCAAGCGGUACAAGAUUUGAGCAGGCAGAGCCAAGCACUGCCACCACAGAGUGCACCUUCAUUUGUCCCUGGAGCCAUCUCAAUGGUUGAGCAGUUUCGUAGGCACAAGCCUCUGACUUUUAAUGGUGGUUCCGACCUACUAGCUGUUGAGGAGUGGAUUAGAGGUUUGGAGCGCAUCUUUCGACAUAUUGCUUGUACGGACGCACAAAAGGUACUAUGCAUAGAAUUCAUGUUUGUUGGAGCAGCCAGUCACUGGUGGGAAUCUGUCUCAUGCACUAGGACUGAAGAGCAGCAGCGUGACCUAACUUGGGAGCAGUUUAAAGAUGAAGUGAUGGCAAAGUACUUCCCACAGGCCUUGAGAGAUUUCAAAGAAUCAGAGUUCCUACAGCUUAGACAGGGAAAAUUAUCACUUACUGAUUAUGAGAGGCAGUUGGAACAACUCUCAAGGUAUGCCCCGGACUUAGUGGAUACGGAAGUUAAAAAGAUCAGGAGGUUCAAAAAUGGACUAUGA